UCCAGCAUUACAGGACUUCAAGCCCUUUGACCUUGAAGAAUUUUGGGGCAAGAGAGUGUACCAGAAUCUGACACAGUCGUAAGCCAAAGAAGACGCGCACAAGUUCUCACAAGGAAGAUCAUAGGGGAUGGCUCUAAAAAUAUAUUUUUAGAACUGAUUAGGUAAAAAUCCAAGUAACUUUGUAGCAUUCCAGAGAGACAAACAAAAAAUGAAAAUAAAAAAGGAAUAGAAAAAAUGGAAUCAAACCAUAUAUUAAGGCUGCAUAUAUUGAUAUUGUACCAACAAUUGUUGCACCAUUUAUGCUGUAUUUUCAGGAUAUUUUCCAUGGACUUUGACAUUUCAAGUGUGGCGGGUUUGUUAGGAAAUAUUAUAUAUUUCUCAUAUGCUUGCUAUACAGUACAAAACUCUAAUAACCAAUGCCACAAAAUAACAAGAACUGGACAUUGAAAAACCAGCUAUUUUUAGAUUUAAAUUUAUAGCAUAUUUAAUCAGUUGGAGUCGCAUGACAUUAACAUUUUUCUUUCCUCAUAUGCAUUGGAAUUGCUUAAUGCAAUGAUACACAUGUUGAUUAGAGGCCUUCAUGUUUGAUCUUGUAGAAACAUGAUUAAAAGUUCGUAAAAUCUUUACUUCAUCUUCUGUUAUGUAAAAUGUGUGUGUGAGAAUGUGUCUGUGCUUGUGCAUUACCGGCUCUCGCUCACACACAAAACACACACACACACAUACACACCCAAACACUCAAACAUAUACAUAUACUGAUACAUAUGUGCAUGUAGAUGCAGAGAUUCACACACAUUGACAUACAUACAUAUGUAUAAAAGCAUAUUUAUGCAAGCUUCAUUUUUUUCUGAACUGAUGUUGAAGCAUCUUCAUGAAGGUGCAUUUUUCCCGUUAUGAAAACAGUAUAUAGAGAAAAGGUCUCUAUGUUGCAAAAAAAUGUAACUGUCAUAAUCAGUUAGCACAUGUAUUGGAGUCACAACACUUGAAAAUGAAAUGAGAGUAGUAAGCCAUCAGUGUUGGUUGGCAGUAGGUUUCAAGCUGCUUAACAUGUUGAUGUGUUUUUUGUAAUAUAUCUGGAGAUGAGUGACAAACAGUAGUUACUGUAAUGUGAUUAUGUGAUUCCCCUCAUGUAUAUUGCUAAUUUUGUAUCUUGUACAUUUUGAAAUGCUUUUACCCAGCCUUGCCGAUGUUUUGAAGGCUGAUGUUACUAGGUAAAUGGGGGCAAUCAUAACAGGGACAGAGUUUCAGGAAAUGGAUGAGUAGUGCUCCGCAAAGUUGCACUGUUUAGGACUUGCGAUGUUUUUCAUUUUAUUUUUUCUUUUGUCACCUUUUUGUUUUGAGACCCUAACUGUGAUGCUACUCAGUAUGCCAGGAGUCUGAGUAUGUCGAGUGUCAGUUGGAUGAAGGGGUUGCUCCCCGGAGGGUACUAAGCAUUCACCGUAACACCACACCAGUGAUUGGGUUUAACACUAACCCCAGGAAUACUCAAGUUUAGCACAUAUUGUGACCCUUUUUCACUAGACGUAAUGGAUAUUUCACUGUAUUUUGGAUACAUUUUGUGACUUGUUUUGAUAACAUAUUUUAGUGAUACAGUUGUAUGCUUAUAUACUAAGUGAGCUCAGUCCCUCAGGGGCACAACCUAAUUGAUUAGUCUGUGAUAUUAUUUUGUUUCAGCUUGUGAAGACUUGUAAGUUGAGACAAAGUAUUUUGAACCAAUCUUGAUGCUGGAUAUCUUUGACCCCGACAUAUUUUCUAAAAUACACCCUGAAAAUCUUCA